AUGCCUAUGUACAGAUUUGAAGGUGACGUAACGAUUCAUUGCGUUUAUUCUCCAGGAACAUGGCUUAUCAAUCGAGAUCAUUUGUGUCUAACUGUUGAAGCAUUUGGAGUUGUAAAACGGACGAGAUUACAUGAUGCCAUUUUUCCACUCCUAAUACAUGAAAAAUUUUCUUUCGAUAAGGUGUUCUAUACGGCUCUUUCUGCCUGCAACGUCGUUGACAGACUAGAAGAUUUCACGGUGACAAUUGAAAUACGACAGAUAGUUGACGCGUAUCUGGGAGGAACGCUUUUAGCAUAUUAUUCAACGAACGCUAAAGAGUUUUUCUCUCCCUGCCCAAAAAUGUGCUUAAGAACUCUUGCAAAGAGAGAUUUGAUGAUGCUUAAAACUGUUGAUUUUCCGGGAGUGUCUCCGCGUCUCGAAUAUUCUGUUAGCUCUGCAAUCAAGUGUCAUCCUGCUUCGUGCUGUUGUUCGUGCUGCUAUUAUUUGCCACAGUGCUCAUGUUAUGACCCGUGUCUCUACAAGCCACUGACACCAACACCAGGCUACCACCGGGCGACAGUCAACAGUGCUUUACGAUGUCGUUAUCCAGAACUUAACGAACCAAGGUACCUUAUAGCAUCCGAUACUGCCAAUCAUAUUGCUAAAUCUCAAAGUGCAGCAAGAACUUCAAGAAGUCCUAGAAAAAGGGACAAUGUAGAUUCAACGUACAGUCGACCAAGGUCAUUGUCUGCUCGUAGAUGUGAUGGUUAUGGAACAGUCUCACCUUUCCACUCUUUAUCUACAUGGGAUCUGCGUGAGCGUACUAUUCGUGAUGCACAAGAUCGCAGUGACCGUUACUGGCAUCUGUACAGAUUUUGGCAAAAUGAAUACGAUAGACUACGCUUACAAAGAUGA